AUGGAGACCAAGCACUUGUUGGACUUUAAUGCAGCCGGCUCUUCGAAUCACUCGCCUCGCCCGAACAGUACGACCACCGAAAGUGAGACGCCGUGCGUGGAGAAGUUUGAGAAGAAUCGGUUCCUGAGGUCGAGAAUGAGUUCUAGGCGGAUCCGGAAUCGACUGGUACAAAAGUAUGGCUUCGUCAAUAUUAGUUUGGCUAAUGUGCCGAAACAACACAGGAAAUACUUUCGGUAAGUUUGGUUUUUGAUUGGUAUUUUUGUGGUUUAGGUAUUGUAGUUUUGUCUCAGAAGGAAAGUUUUGGCUAUUUUUGAGAAUUUAGACAAUUUUGAAUGUUUUGCAGGCUGCGGGUGACAAGUUAUGCGAGAAACAGUAAAAUUAAAGCUUUUUGACAAAAGCUUUCCUUACAGAUGAAAAAAUAGCAGAAAUUUUCUUUACAGAACGUAAAAUGGCGAAAACUUUCUUUACAAAUCUAAAAAUUGCGAAAACUUUCUUUACAAAACAAAAAAUGGCAAGAACUUUCUUUACAAUGUAAAAAAUGACAAAAACUUACAAAUUGAAUUUAAAUUGCAAAACGAUGAUUUAAAGAACGGAUUUUACAGUGACAUCUUCACAACAGUAAUAGAGACCAAAUGGAGAUGGUGCCUUAUCUUUUUCACUUUGUCUUUCAUUUUAAGUUGGUGGACGUUUACUGGAAUGUACUACAUGUUAGCUCUAUACCAUGGGGACUUUGAACACAAAAAUGACCCAACAUGGGAACCGUGUAUUAUGAAUGGAGAUUCUGUAUUAAACUUGUUUUUGUUUGCCUUCACUACCCAAACUACUAUCGGAUAUGGGUUUAGGUGGGUUAUUUUGGUAGGAAAUGGCAAUGUUUGUGCGUUUAUAAACUUUUUUUUGCUGCUCAAAAAAAAUAAAAAAUGUUUUUGUAUAUACAGUACUCCUUCUAUAUAAGCAACCCGAAGGGACCGACAUUUGUGUUUACUAUAAGGGGUGUUGUCUUUACAGAGAGACUUUUUAGUGCAAACUGAAUUGGCGGGGCCAAAUUUUUUGUUUACUAUAAGGAGAGUUGCUUAUACAGAUGGUAAACUAUAUAGAGAGACCACUGUAUUUUAAAUAUUUUUGCUGGUUUUUAAUUUUUCAUAUAAAUUUUAAAUUAAAAAAAAUUUUUAAAUUUUGCGGGUUUUUGGCAUUGUGUUGCAAGCCAAUUGCUCUGGCUUUUAAAUUAAUAUAUAUUUUUUGUAAAAUACGAGAUUUUUAACUGUCUUUAAAAAUAUCUUUUUACGUACAAAAAAUAAAAUUUAAAACGAAAUUUCAGUUUGGCGGGAAAUCGAAAAUUCAAACUUUAAAGUUGAAAAAAGAUUUAAAAUUUGAUUAUUGUUUAAAAACGUUUUUAGGCUUAAAAAACUUAUUUAAAAAAUAUAUUUUUUUUAAUUCAAAGUUGGUUAUCUUUGAAUAUAUUUGAAUUUCUCGCCAAAUCUUGGCAUUACGUUUUCACUUAAAUUUUUGAUCGCUUUCGUAAGUUUUUUUUGUAAAAUACGUUCAAUCUACCUUUCACUGUAUUUAAAAAAAAUUUUUUUAAAGGUUGUUUUAUAAAUUUAUACCUUUUUAUUUUUCAAACUUUCCAAACUUUAGAUACCCAACCGAUGCUUGCCCUUUAACAGUGAUGACAAUGUGUUUUCAAUUCAUGGUGGGAGUAAUGGCCCAAACCCUGAUGGCCGGCGUAAUAUUUGCUAAAUUAGCAAGACCAAUCAAACGUGCUGCCACAAUAUUGUUCAGUAAGAACGCUGUUAUAUGUACACGAGAUGGUAAACUGUGUCUACUGUUCCGAGUUGGUGACAUGAGGAAGAGUUCGUUGGCUGAAGCUCACGUUCGGCUUCAGAUGAUCAAAAAGUGUGUCACGAUGGAGGGCGAAGUUCUACCGUUUCAUCAAUUCGAUAUGAAUGUAGGCUAUGAUACUGGACUGGAUCGUGUGUUUGUUAUAUGGCCGAUCACGAUAUGUCAUGAGAUAGACGAAUCUUCACCUUUAUAUGAGAUGAGCAAGAAAGGCUUGGCCAGUUCACAUUUUGAGAUUAUUGCCAUUUUGGAGGGUGUGGUAGAGUCGGUGGGGUCGACUACGCAGGCUAGGACUAGUUAUUUGCCAAAUGAAAUAUUAUGGGGCAAGAGAUUUGAGAAGUUGGUGACAUAUCAGCGAGAGAAUGGUGAAUAUAAGAUUGAUUUUGGCAAAUUUCAUAAUGUUUUUGAUGUUGAGACUCCGGAUUGCUCGGCCAAGGAUCUGGAUGAGAUGAGGGUAAGUUUGAGGGUUUUUUAAAUUUGACAGAGUAGUCGCAAGGGGAUGAAAACGUUUUUAAAAUACGGAAAAGGAUUUAUCGUAGCCUUGUAUAACUUAAACUCUACCCUACCCUAUUAUACCCUACCCUACUUUACCAUACCCUACUCUAACUAUACCAUCUAUCCUUUCAGUACCAAAGCCAAAACGUGUCGGAAAACGGGUUUAUAAUCAAAAAAUGUUCGACCGAAUCGAUAAUACCUCGUCCAAUCGACCGUACCCACAUGCCUACCGUAUCAUUGCCCGAUGUUCAACAUGCAGGUAACGAAACGAUAGUUAUUGAGCCACCAACUGAUGAUGAUGAGCCUUGUGAGUUGCGACGACGACGAUCAUUUUUAGCAAUUCCAGAUGCUCCAACCAUUUUGGCUAGCGAAAGUCAGCGCAAACAGUCGUUUCAAGUGCGUCGUGGGCCCGAUUUGUUCUAA